AGAGCUUUUCUAUUCCUCUCUCGUAUAGGUAGUGGUGGGUGGGUGGGAGGGGUGGAUUCCACCCCUCAGUGAUGCCUCCGGGGGGUCCAUGAGAAGGGAAGAAGGUGCCCCCCCUUUGACGGACGCACACUCAGCUUGCCCAGCCAUGGAGUGUGUGCAAGUUUCCCCCAUGCAGCAGCAACAAGGGAAGGCCGCGGAGGGGGACCACCUGCUGCUGCUACUGCCUUCCAACGUGCAGAAGGAGGAGGCUGAGGCCGUGCUGAGGGCUUCUGACCCUUGGGCUGCCUCCCGAGUGGACAGCAGCCCAAGCGGGAUGGAACUUCAAGAUACUGCGGACUUUUCAUCUCAUCUCCAAAAUCCAGACAGCCUUCACUCCCCGCCUAACCCUCUCGCUGUAGGGAGUCAUCCCGAUGGAAGUACAGUAGACCAUUCUGCUACAAAGGAAGAUUUACGAGAGACUGUUGCUGAGACAGGGGAGUUGCAACCAGCCGGGAAAGAGACUUCGGGCCUUUCAGUUCAGGAAAAUGUGUCGGUCGGCGAGGUGGCCCAUAGCGGCUCCUCUUUGGUCACAGAGGCGGAUAUAACUGCCCGAGAAUGCCUUAGGGAUGCUGAAAAGUCUCCCCAGCGGGACAGCUGUUUGCAGGAAAAGUCGGACUCCCUUUCUCAGAAUUGCAGCUUAGAGGCGGACGCGAGAGUGGAUGGAGAAUGCCCGCAGGUCGACCACUUGGACCAGGCCUCUCCGCCCGCAGAAGACGGGAAGCUCAAACCCGGGGCAAAGCGCGUCACCUUUCCUUCUGAUGAAGAUAUCGUGUCAGGUGCUGUGGAACCCAAAGAUCCCUGGAGGCAUGCUCAGAAUGUAACCGUGGAGGAAAUUCUCACCGCCUACAAGCAAGCCUGUCAGAAGCUGAACUGCAAACAGAUUCCCAAACUACUGAAGCAGAUCCAGGAAUUUAAGGACCUGACGCCCAGGAUAGAUUGCCUGGAUCUGAAAGGCGAGAAGCUGGACUCCAAGACCUGCGAAGCCCUGGAAGAGAUCUUUAAGCGGCUUCAGUUCAAGAUCGUGGAUCUGGAGCAAACCAACCUGGACGAAGACGGCGCCUCUGCACUGUUUGAUAUGAUCGAAUACUAUGAGUCGGCCACGCACCUCAACAUCUCCUUCAACAAGCACAUCGGCACCCGAGGCUGGCAGGCAGCCGCGCACAUGAUGCGGAAGACGAACUGUCUCCAGUACUUGGACGCCCGCAACACGCCCUUGCUGGAUCACUCGGCUCCCUUCGUGGCCCGCGCCCUUCGCAUCAGCAACAGCCUGACCGUGCUGCACCUGGAGAACGCGAGCCUGUCCGGGCGCCCCCUCAUGCUGCUGGCGACCGCCCUGAAAAUGAACGUGAAUCUGCGGGAGCUCUACCUGGCCGACAACAAGCUCAACAGCCUCCAGGACUCGGCUCAGCUGGGCAACCUCCUGAAGUUCAACUGCUCCAUUCAGAUCCUGGACCUGAGGAACAACCACGUCCUGGACUCAGGGCUGGCCUACCUCUGCGAAGGGCUGAAGGAGCAGCGGAAAGGCCUGGUCACCCUGGUGCUCUGGAACAACCAGCUGACUCACACCGGCAUGGCUUACAUGGGCGUGACCUUGCCUCACAUGCAGAGCCUGGAGACACUGAACCUGGGCCACAACCCCAUCGGCAACGAAGGCGUCCGCAACCUGAAGAAUGGGCUCAUCGGCAACCGCUCGGUGCUCCGGCUGGGCUUGGCCUCAACGAAGCUGACGUGCGAAGGUGCGGUGGCUGUGGCCGAGUUCAUCGCCGAGAGCCCUCGCUUGCUCCGCCUGGACCUGCGAGAAAACGAGAUCAAGACGGGGGGGCUGAUGGCCUUGUCCUUGGCCCUGAAGGUCAACCACUCCCUGCUCAGACUGGACCUCGACAGGGAGCCCAAAAAGGAAUCGGUGAAGAGCUUUAUCGAGACACAGAAAGCCCUCCUGACCGAAAUCCAAAAUGGCUGCAAGCGUAACUUCGUCCUGGCCAAAGAGAAGGAAGAGAAAGAGCAGAAGCUCCAGCAGUCCGCCUCAAUGCCCGAAAUCACCAUCACCGAACCCCUCGAAGAGGGCCCCGUGGAAGACGGCGGGCCCAACGGCGACACGACCCCCGCGCUGGAAGAGGGAGAGGAAGUCGAGGAGGCAUUAACGUCCCAGGAGAACGGGACCCCAGAGAAGACAGCCGUCGAUGGCAACGACGAGUCAUCAGAGUCAGAUUCUGACACGGACGAAGAGGACGACGAAAAGCUGGUGAUGAAGGAUCUCGCCCAACCGCAGGAACACAGCGAGCCGGAGCGUGGCGAUCCCCCUGAGCCAUGUCCUUCCCCCUUAAAGGCCGAGGAGGCCCCUAGCUGUGAAGCCAGAGUUCCCCCGCCAAACACUACAGAAGAAAUAAAAUGUGAAGCUAGAGCUGGAGUCACGAGCGGGGCCCCAACACAAGCCAGCUCUCCUGCGAACGAGAGGCGGAUCGCGGUUUCCAGCCCCGGCCGAGGCCACAAAAUCUUUGUGGUGACGCGGGUGGAGAGCCUGCCAGAGAAGGCAGAGGAAAAGAGCACACGGCAAGAGGGUGGGCCUCGUCUGCAGGCCGACCCGCUACAGCAGGCGGACCCUCUCACCCAGAGCCAGCCGACAAAGACUGGCUGCCUGGACGGGCGGGCAAAAGAGACUGUUGCCGCGUCAACAGCCAACUCUGAAACGUCGGCCUCCGUACCAAGCUCCAGCUUAGGCACCGAAAAGAUGAACUCAGGGCUUUGCGCAGGUGCAGUUCACAGCGUCCCACUGCCUAAUGGACUAAGGACGGAUUUUUCCCAUGCACUACCGGAUGCGUCCUUUGGGCGCGACUGCAAAAUGGGCAGUUGUGCUGCGGAACAUGAGCUGAGCUGCUGCAAGAACGAGAAGGAGCUGGAGGAACUGCUUUUGGAUGCGAGCCUAGAGAUGGGGCAGGAACCAAUGUGACGCUGGAGUUCUGGGCCGUUCUGCAUAAAGCGGAUUCUGUCUCGGGAAGCACCUGUAUAGUUCUACUCUCUUUCCUACACCAUGUGAUAC